AUGCAGCGCUUCGAGGACGAGAAAGAAGACGAUAGCUUUAGGAAUGAUGACUAAAAUAAUCAAGAUGCUUUCUAAAAUAAUAACCAAAAUCAUUAGAAUCCUGAUCUCAAAAGAUCAUCUGAACCAGAUUUACUAGAUCAAAUCCCAAAUUUACGUAGGAUUAAGAUUGACGGCAAGUAUAAAGAUGGGUAAAAGAGCGAAAGAUUCCCAGGAAACUCCAUUUCUAAUUAAAAAUACUCAACUUGGAAUUUCGUUCCAGUUGUACUCUUUAAUUAGUUCAAGUUCUUUUUUAACUUGUUCUUCUUGUGUGUGUCCAUAUCUCAGUUCUUUGAAUCUUUGAGAGUUGGAUUCUUGUUUACAUUUCUUGCUCCUUUAGUUUUUGUAUUAUUGCUAACUAUGGCUAAAGAGGGAUAUGAUGAUUAUUAAAGAUAUUAGAGAGAUAAGAUCAUGAAUACUAAAGUUUAUAAGAAGAUUGAUAAGAAUUCUAAGUUAACUAUUGAAGUGCAGUCUAAAGAUCUCAAAGUAGGAGAUGUGAUUUAUGUUUAAAGUAAUGAGAGAGUUCCAGCAGAUUUGGUUUUGCUCUAUACUACAGACAAAUCUGGCACAGUCUUUAUUAGAACAGAUUAAUUAGAUGGGGAGACAGACUGGAAGGUAAGAAGACCUGUCACAUUCACUUAAAAUUAAAUUGAAAGACCAGAAGAAAUAUUAUUUAUGGAUAAUGCUGAGAUUAAAUGUGAAGGUCCAACAAACUUGAUUUAUGAAUUCGCUGGACUCUUUGAAAAUCAUGUGAGAAAUGGACAUGAAUCAAGGGAGGCCUUAAGUCUAGAAAAUACGCUUUGGGCAGAAACAGUAUUAGCCUCUUAAGGUUUUAUUGUAGGAAUAGUGGUAUACACAGGAAGGUCCACUAGGUCUUAAAUGAAUUAAAAGCUACCAACUACAAAGCAAUGUCAACUAGACAGAGAGAUUAACUAUCUGAGCAAGAUUUUAUUCGUUUUAGUGCUCAUUCUUUCAAUGUCUAUAGUACUAUUGAAUGGUUUUCAUGGUGAUUGGUUAAUGUUUUACUUUAGAAUAGUUCUAUUACUUUCAAGUAUCAUUCCUAUUAGUCUCAGAGUGAAUCUAGAUCUUGCUAAAAUGUGGUACUCUUAUUGUAUUAACCAAGAUGAUUAAAUUCCAGGUACAGUGGCUAGAAAUUCAACUAUUCCUGAGGAAUUAGGUAGAAUUCAGUUCCUUAUUACUGAUAAAACUGGAACUUUAACUUAAAAUGAUAUGAUUUGCAAAAGAAUAAUGACUGAAUUUGCUCAGUUUUCAUCAGAUGACACUGCAGAAGAUUUGAAGGAACUCAUAUUUAAAAAUUGCAGAUUGUUUGGGGAAGGUCCUUGUGGUGACUAUGAUAUUAUCACUGCUAAAGUUCAAACAAGAAGAAGAGAAUAGCAUCAAAUUUGCAGAGAUAUGCUUACAGCAUUGACAAUCUGCAACAAUGUAACUCCAGUUCACUAAGAUCCCGCAGUGCAAGUCCCUCAGGCUCAUAAGAAUGCUGAUAUUAGCAAUUUCGGAAGUUCAAGAAGAGCUUCAAAUAAUACUCCUCAACACUCUCAAGAUAGAAUAAACCAGGAUAAGUCUGAUGAACCAAUUUUACAAGCGAGCAGUCCAGAUGAAAUAGCUCUAGUUAAGUUUGCUAUUGAUAUGAAUAUGUAUUUGCUUGAAAGAGAUAGAGCUUAAGUUUAAAUUAAGAACUCUGACAAUAAAUAUGAAAAUUAUGAGGUUUUGGCUAAUUUUCCGUUUUCCAGUGAAACUAAGAAAAUGUCCAUUCUAGUAAGGUAAAAGGAUACUGGUAGAAUAAUUUACUAUGUCAAAGGAGCUGAGGUAGUAAUGGAGACUAAAGUUAAACCUGCCUAAAGAGCACCACUUCUUGAAUUCUGUGAGAGUCUCGCAAUGGAAGGAUUAAGAACUCUUGUUAUAGCAUAGAAAGUACUAACUGCACAUGACUGUGAGUUAUUUUUACAAAAUUACAAAGCGGCAGCAAGUAGACUAAAGCAAAGAGAACAAUUUAUUCAAGCAGCAGUUUCUGAAUUAGAACAUGAUCUUGAAUUCCUUGGAGUAACAGGAGUUGAGGAUAAAUUAUAAAAUAAUGUUUAGCUAACAAUUGAGUCAUUAAAAUCAGCUGGAAUAUAAGUUUGGAUGUUGACUGGAGACAAAGUAGAGACUGCCACUAGUAUAGCAAUUAGUGCAGGUCUCAAGAGUAGAAGACAUUAACUAUAUUUUAUGAGAGAAUUAGACGAUCCUAAGCUUGUCUAAGAUCAUCUUAAGGAAUUCGCACCAAAGGUUCUAACUACAGUUCUAAUUAUUGAUGGUAAAACUUUGGAUACCAUCUUGAAAAACAAUGAUACCGAGCAAGCUUUCUUUGAGAUUUCAAUUAAAGCACCUUGCGUUUGCGUUUGUAGAUGUAGUCCCACGCAAAAAGCAAGAAUAUGCUAAUUACUUAAAUUGUAUACUAAUGGAAUGAGAAUAGCAGGAGUUGGAGACGGAGGUAAUGAUGUCGGAAUGAUCCUUGAAGCAGAUGUGGGUAUUGGUAUUGUUGGUAAAGAAGGAAUGCAAGCCUCUUUGGCAUCUGAUUUUUCAAUUAUGGAAUUCGGCUCACUUAGAAAGCUAAUCUUAUGGCAUGGAAGACUAUCUUACAAGAGAUCCGCAGUUUUGUCCUAGUUCGUCAUCCAUAGAGGUCUUAUCAUAUCAGUUAUUCAAGGCAUUUUUAUCAUAUUAUUCUACUUCGUUGCCAUCCCUGUUUACAACGGUUUCUUGAUGUUAGGAUAUGCUACCAUAUAUACUAGUCUGCCAGUGUUUUCACUAGUCUUUGAUAGAGAUGCAAACGUAGAUGCAGUCUUGAAAUUCCCUCCUCUGUAUAAAACUCUUUAAAAAGGAAGAAAUCUAAACUUUAAGACAUUCUGCAUCUGGGUUUGGAAAUCACUUUUCUAGGUAAUCUUUAAACUUUAUAAUGUUGUUGUAGGGAUCAGUAAUUAUCAUGUUCUCUAUAUUGUUCUUCAAUGA